UCUUUUUUGAAUUGUGUUGUUGAAGUCGUCUGUAUCGAUCGUCCACUCUCGUGUACCGCGCAUUGAUUUAGCUCGUCUAGGGGCCUUUCCAGUGUCGGAGGCAGCAGCAAGUAGUCCAUCUGACCUCAACUAAAAUUCCUACAAUUGUCGACGGUGCUGGUCACGGCCCCGAAGCGCGCCGGCUUCGUACCACCUCGGGCCGUUUAUUACCAGAUACUUUGUGAAUAGCUCGAAUUCUUUUGGCAUACUACCGCGCUGUAGCAACCGCCUUAACCACCUCGUUCGGUUCGGCCCUCGACUUCUUCACCUACCCGCCGACUUCAUCACGGUCCGUCGUCGAAGCGCUGCGCGCCGCUCUUUUGCUCCUCCUCUUCGGCGCUCAGGCACCCGUACAAUACCGAAACGAAGCAAAUAUCGAGCGACUUAAGUCAUCCAACACUACUAAAUUGCCCCCACCGCGUGCCGUCGUCGCGGGCAUUCUUGGCCGCGGUGGUAGUUUUACGAGAAUUUCGUCGAGGCCGAAUGGAAUCGUGCACGUGAAUACCGCGAUGCCCACAUGACUUCAUUGUUAUCAGGCCUCAGAGUGAUAACCUGACAUUCCUCUUGUGCAGAUCGCUGCCAUGGAUGACUGCGAAUCCCCGCUUGAAGUCCUCUCCAGAGCUGCCACUAUGGUCCAGGAGAAUCAACAACAAUCCAUUAUUUCUGAUGACUCUUCAAAACAAAAUGGCAAUAAGCAAUUACCCACCACAAAAUGGAAAAGAGAUCGACGAAGUAGAAACGAAUACUCAAGAAAAUCUGAUCCAAAACUUCCGGAAAAUUUCGGACAAGAACCCGAGGUUACCUCCAACUCGCCAAUUAAUCCACAGCAAAAUGGGCAACCAAUUAAACCAUCUGCGGACACACCCCUAGAUAUGACCGUAAGGCAAAGAGGUCAACCGCCUUCCUACAGCCAAACGAUCAACAAUCCCGGCUACAGAUCAAGCUAUAGACCAUCUGUUGUAACGAACCAAAAUAAUGGACACAGAGAUGAUCUUCCAAGUGGUAUAUCUAUGUGUGAUCCCAUAAUUGACGAGCAUUUCAGGAGAUCUCUAGGCAAAGAUUACAUUGCUAUAUUUUCGAAUAACAACGUUUCGAAGGAAAUAGCGACAGUAAGACCUCCUCCAGCAAAAACUACCACCAGCGUCAUCGAAUUAAUGGAUACAGCGGGAUUAUCAGUUGACGACCAUUUUGCUAAAGCCCUAGGGGAUACAUGGUUGAAACUAAACAAAAAGGAAUCCGAAAUCAAGAGUAAUAAUUCUGAAAAUUCGGGUGUCGUCACUGUAUCCUAUUCUUAAAUAAAUCGUUUCAUACAUGGAACAUUUACCUUGCAUUAUAUUGUAUUGGACAUGGUGUAAGCGAAAAUUUAAGAAAAACUAUUGACUGUAUUUCUCCCGUCUCGUUUUUAUAAUAAUAAUAAGCUUAUGCCAUUAUAAAAAAACCAUUGAUACGCUCAUUAAUUUUAUUUUUUUGGAGAAAACGUACGCAAUCGUUUAGACCUGUACAUAUAAUCCGUAUAGUUUCAUCAUUAAGUUAACACCUUAAUUUAAUUUAACAAUGUCUCAGCGAUUUUAGGUUCUAAGUUUGUAAAUAUUAGUUGUACCCCUGUACAUAUUAUCGUUAAGUUCCACAAAUUGUAUUUAUAUAUACACCAAAAGAAGUAUCCAAAUUCAUUAGAGUACAUUAGAGAUGAUGUAUAACAUUAAUUUUUUUUGGGGGAUUGUAUUUUUUGGAGAUUUUUUUUUUCUACACAAUAAUUCACGACACAAGUUUAUCCAGAUUAUAUACUAAAUAAUAAAUGUGGUCAACACUUA